AUGUUGGCAAAGUUCCAGGGUCGUGGCUUCGUAAUUGAAUUCACCUACGAGGCGGCUGUUUGGCGAAGCUCCGAGGAGAAGGAAAAGACAGGAUCAUUAUCGUCAGCGAACCUGAAUUUGAAAGGCUCAAACUUACCCAGCAAGUGUCGUAUUGCUUUUCAAGGUUAUCCAAAUGAACACGUCUCGGUGAAGUUCACACAUUUCAACCUCUAUGUGCCAGAAAGUAAGAACUUGACAAGGAGGUGCGCCGACGUCGAUCAUCUUACGGCGGACGUUCGGGUCGGAGCUCGUUUAUCACGGAUCGAUGAAUGGUGUGGGGAUCGGACACCGCCGCAGUUAAUGAGCAGCACGAACCUGUUGCAGCUCGAGUACACCACGAAGUCAUCACGAGCUCUACGGGAAAGUACGAAGAACGAUAUUGGGUUCCGACUCAACUAUAAAUUCCACACUGAUUGGGACAUGCAUCACAUGCGGGCACGAGGAGAUCGAGACAAAGGGUGCCGAUUCAUAUUCAACUCUUCCGUCCAGGCAAGUGGGAAGCUUUGGUCAGUCAACUAUCCUGGCCUUUAUCCUCGAUCACUCUAUUGCGAGUACAUAUUUCACGGUAGUGAAGAGCAGACUGUACAUAUACACUUUGAAUAUUUCGACGUUGAAGGCUUCAACCAAUGUGAUGAGACCACGCAAAGUGACUUCGUCUUGUUCAGCAAUUAUCAAACACACGAUCGCACAAAUCGCCGAUUUUGUGGCAAGGUUGCACCACGGGGACCGAUUCUAUCCGAAUCGAACUACUUCCGAAUGAUUUUUGCAACCAACGAUAUCUUUGACGCGACUGGAUUCUAUGCUCACUAUCAGUUCAUCACUCAGCGUUAG